UUUCUGAAAAUGGUUGCGGCCUCCGCGGUUGAUAAGGGGCAUGAAGCAAUGGCCAGGGUCAUGUGGGAGCAGGCACUCACCACACUGAUGCAGCCAGCUUCCAAAUAUGUGAAGUCUGGAAAUCCCCCCGUAUGCUCCUUGUUGGUGGCGCGAGCGUGCGUGGUGGCGAGCUAUGUGUCGCAUUCAGUGGACCAUGGGGCUUCGUCGCACGCGCAUCAGUUUCUCCAGCAGCAUCUCUUGCAAGCUAAGCCUGGGAGUGCCAUGGCGAGCAUCUGGGCUGCUGUGUGCGCCGCUCUGCACCUCGCUACCACCUACUCCAUCAAGCGAGACUCCUCCAACAAUGCCAAGCCAUCCCAGGGCGGUAGCGAUAAAGGCAAGAGCCGAUUUGGAGAAAACACGGAGGAACAGGCGGAGAAGAUCGUCGAAGCAGUCCAAGCAGCAGUGGCGGGGAUAAAAGUGCAAUUGGCUAGGCUUGGGAAAGCCGGGGAUGUGGGAAAACGUGAGUCGGAGGAGGGGAAUGAGAAGGAGCGAGCAGUGGCGCUGUGUCACGUGCUGGAGUGUGUAGAGUCAGUGGUGUCCGCGUUCGCGCAGCAGCAAUGGCAGGAGGACAUGGUGCGGCGUGCGAAGGCAGGAACAGGCGGGGCGUACAGCAGGAAAGGAUCCCAAGUGGAGCGACUCUGGGCGUGCCUGCAAGACCUGCUGCUCUGUGUGGUGCCAGCUUCUGAAGCGUUUCACAAGCUGGCUGGUUCAGACCCAGACUUACAGAACCUGUGCCAGCUUCGCUCAGCUGCGUCUGGCUCCCUCGCUGCCUACCGCCUGGCCCUACUCUCGCCCCCUGCGGAGAAGAGUGCGGCAGCACAGCAGCUGAAGAAGCUACUGGUGGAGGGGCAGAGCGGGGUGGUGGAGCAGAAGGACCGCGAGUGGAUGCAGUGCGUUGUGUACAACAUGGGCGUCAACCGCUACAACGCCAACUGCCACACCGAGGCUGUAGAGCCGCUUGCACUCCUUUUCGCGGCCAUCAAGGCGUCCCCACUGAAGCCCAGGCCAGAGCAGCAGGAGGGGGAGAAGGAGAAGGAGAAGGAGUGGUGCACGAAGGUGCUGCAGCAGUGUGUGCGCUGCAACCUGCUCGCGCUCUCCCUCAGGCGCGUAGGCCAGCUGGAGCAAGCACAGCAGGUGCUGGAGGAGGGGCUCCGGCGGUGGGGAGGAGAGAGGGUGGGCACGGAGGGCGAGCACGAGGGAGACAGGCAGCUGGAAGGGCCUGCCUUGCUGGCUCAGCAAUGGGGAAAGGAAGGCGAGCUGCAGAAGAGAAGCAACGCUCUUGGCGGCAACUCCAAGGCAAAGGACCCACUCACGUUGCUGAGCAACUGGCUGCGGCUCAGGGAGAAGAAGGAGCAGAAGGGAAGCACGGGCGGUGCGAGAGAUGCAAGUACAGGGGCGGAUGGAGAGGGAGUGCGUGCGGUGCUGGAGGUGCUCCGAUGCUCCGCUGCUGCUCUCAGCGUCAGGGGCAUGUUCACGUAUGAGAUGCAGCCAAGCAACCAGGCGGCAUGGGAGGACCUAACAAGAGCAUUGGACCUCUGGAGCAUGGCAAUGCGCCUGUCCCCUUUGCCCUGGCCAGCCUCCUUCCUCUCCCGAGCCUCCGAGUGGCAACUCCUUGCCUCCGUGAUGGACCUUCUGUCCCUUCAGGCCUCAUCACACCACCUCAUGGCUCGCCAUCUAUCCCUGCGCCUCGCAUGCUCCAGGCGCCCUGCAUCUGCCUCUGCCUCCGCAGAACCUCGGCAGCAGCAGAAGAGUGCAGGGUGGGAAGACAGAGAGGAGGUGUACUAUAGGUUAUUCGGCAAUGCUCGGCCAUCACACAUGCUCUGCGCACUUGCUCUCCCUUCCGACCUGCCAGCGGGACCUGCCUUGCAUGUGACAGCAAGGGGCAGUAGUGACGAUCCAGGCUGCACAGGGAAGGGGUGUGGAAGCAAGGGCAUGGGGGAGGAACCGUGGGGCCCAGGGAGUGGGGAAUGGUCGCUUCUGAGAGCAGCAGUGGCGUUGCAUGGCGGUUGCAGUGAGGGGGAGCAAGUGGAGCAACAGCUGAGCAGCAUGCUGAAGAAUCAAGGCGACGAGGAGAUCAAGACGGUGAAGGUCAUUGCCUUUCAGAGCGGGCUGCACUUUCUGCUCGCACACCAUCACAUGUCACGCGGCCUUGCGACCAAGGCGUACCACCAUGCUUCAGAGGCGUACAGGUGGCGCCUUGCAGCCUUCUCCCACGUAUUCACCCGAGCCUCUCGUGAGGCCAUCACUGCUGCCACUGACGCCGCCAUGCCGGCCCACUCUGCUGCCAGCUCUGCUGCUCCCCCCGUUUCCGCACCUGGAAACGCUGCUCCUGGUGCCGGUACUGGUGCUGGUUCCAGUGGCACCUUUCUUACUGCUGCCUCUUCUGACGCCUCCCUGGUCACAUACGUGACGGCUCAUGAAGGCUCUUUUGCCAGCACAGCAACCGCAACCACCACCGGCUGCGAGAAGCAGGAGGCGCAGGGGGGGAAGAAGCACGUGCCUGGGCUACAGUACAGCAUGCGGGAGGGGGAUCACCUGGUGGCAACGCAUGAGGCCAUGCGGGACACGUGGCCUGCUGUGGUUGGCGGGCGGCAGGUGGACGGGGCAGGCAGUGGUGCUCUCAGCCCGUGGAGGCUUGUGGCUGACUAUGUGGAUAGCCUGCACCAGCAGAGGCUCGGGGACCUGGCACGGCGGAGAGCCGACUUGGAAGGUUCGGGGCUGCAAGGGGUGAAGGGCGAGCGUGAGAAUGCUCAGGAAGAGGAGGAGGAGGUGAGCUCUGCAUUAAGGCCAUCAAGAAGGAGAGAGGGUGUGGGUGAGAAGAGAGGGAAGAAUGGUGGUGAUGAAAGGGGGAGUGGUGGCGGGUGGGAGGGAGCGGUCGAGCACUACAGCAGGGCUGAGAAGGCUGUGGGUCAGUUGAUGCCUUGGUAUGGCGAGGUUCGGCGGGCGUUUGAAGGGCAAGUGGAGGGGUUGAUGGGGGAGGGGUGGGAAGGCAGUGAUGGGAUACAGGAGGAGGAGGAUGAGGAGAGGGAUGGGUGCGUUGGUGGUGCAUGUGGGGAUUUGGGGGAGGUGCCAGAGGAGGAGAAGGGUGAUGUGCUGCCGUGCAAGCUUCUGCAGAGAUUUGAAGUGGAGGCUAAAGAGGCGGAGGGAGGAUCAGGGAGUGAGAGGCUGAAGGGUGGUGAAGGAGGGAGUGUAGAGAAAGGCGGGGAUGGUUAUGAUGCUGGGGAGGAGGAUGAGGAAAUGAGAACAGUAAAGGGGAAGGAAGGGAAGGGUAAGGCCACGGGUAAAGCCAAGGCCAAGGCCAAGGCUUCAGGGAGAAAGGCGCUGGGAGAGAUCAAGGUGAAUGGGACGAAAUCGGGGACAAAGCAGGCUGGGCAGGACGUGGAUGGAAGCAGUGGAAGUCCUGGGACGAAACUGGGGACGCCAGUAGAUGAGGAGGCACAAGCGGUUGGUGCUGCUGCUGAGGCUGGGCCGGUGAGACAAGCUGGUGUAGACGGGGAGGAUGAUGAUGUUGUGGAGGUUAUUGAAUCAGAAAGUGACGAGGAUUGGAGUGCAACAGAAGAGGUUGCUGGGGCAAAGCCAGCUCGCAGGAAUUCAAGACAGGGGGUGAAGGCCAGUGCAGGGCGCAGGCAAGCAAAGGCUGCAGUUGAGGGGAGAGAGGCUGAUGAGACAGGAGUGAAGACAGGAGGGCUAAGGCUAGGAGGGAGGGGUACACAGACCAAGAAAAGAACGUCAGCUACGGGUCUAGGGGAUGUGGAUGGAAGUUCUUUCUCCACUGUUACUACAAUAUCCUCCUUUGUCCAUGCCUCUACUGCUGCAACUCCUGUUCCAACUGGUGGUCCGCGGAGGAAGGUCAAGGGUCCAGUGGAGGUGGUGUCGCUGCUGACUGAUGAUAGCUCCAGUGAUGCAAGCGAUGGUGAGGCACAGAAGGGUGAUAGUAACGAGAUGCUAAAGACUGCAAAGAAAACUACUCAAAAGGCAGCAGCAGCAGCACGUGGUGUCAGGCAUAGGACGGAUGGGCGACAAGGAGGGGGAAGAGGAAUGAGUGAGAGCUGGAAGGAAUGGGGAGAAGGGAGUUGGAGAGGUGGAAAUCGGAGGGUGAAGGAUGGGGGCAUGUGUAAGGAAGAGUGGUGGAGUGUGGGAGGGGCAGGGUGGGAGUUGCAGGAGACAGCAGCUGAGAAGCAUGAAUUGGUGAAGGCAACAUGGAUGGCAGCUGCAGUGGAGGCACUGGUCACUUCACUGCUCUCACAAGCGCGCUGCCACAUGGAAGCCUGCAAUUGGCCAGUGGCAGGCCACCUGCUCCGCAAGGCCCUGGCAGUGGAUGUGAAGGUGUGCUGCCAGCAAUAUGCGAGCAGCCCUCUGAUUCGUGCUGCUCUGCUGCUGAAUGUGGGGCGCCUGUCGCUGCUGCUGCUGCACAGGCAGAACCGGGGGGAAGUUGAGGGAGUGGGGAGGUGGGAGGGGCUGAAUGUUGGUACUGUGACACACUGGUUGCUGCAUGCAGCUACUCUCUCCUCUGAAGCUCCUCUGCUCUUCCGCAAGGUUGCGCACCUCAUUGCCACCGCCUGCGCCACUCCCCUCACCACCACCCAGCGCAACCACGACCCGUCGCACCCCCUCUCCAUCACGCGCCAUGUUUCCCACCUCCGCACCAUCUGCUCCUCACCAUACCACUCUGCUUGUGGAGGUGGUGCCGCUGCUGGAGCUGCUGAGGGUGCUUGUGUGUGUGAUCCUGCGCUGCUAGGCGCGCUCUUCCACGCUGCUGCAGUGGGCGCCACCAGUCGCAUGCAGCAGGUGGCACAGCUCAUAGCACAGCUGGGCAGGCAGGACGAAGGGAAGGUGGUGACGAGCAGGGAGGCGGAUGGACGGUUGGAGGACAGGCAUGUGGUGCAAGAGAGAAUAAUGGAUGCGCUCAGGCUACCCAUGUGCCCUCACCCUCGUCACCUCGCCUCCUCCCUCCGCGCUUUCCACCAUCACAUCACCCGCCUUCCCCCCUCGUUCCCUGUCAUCCACCUGAGCGCUCUCGAGGGCGCCCCACACGCACAUGGGGGUUUGGUGCCUGCGUUCCGGGGCCAGGCAGGUGGAGGGGCAGUUGCAGCAGGUGGAGCUGGGCAAGCCGUACUGGGAGGUGGGAAUGCGCAGGAGGAUGCAGGGGACAGCAGCUGUGUGGAGGAGGGUCAAGGGAGUGCUAACGGGCCGAGCAAGAAGGGAGGCCGCGGGCGAGGGAAAGGCAAGGCAGGGAGCAAGGAAGCAGUUACUGCCCAGACGAGGCGGGAGUUUGAGGCGAUCAUGAAGGAGAGCAGUGCGUCUAUGGCAGCGGGCGCUAGUGCAGCAUCAAAGGAGAGCAAGGCCGCAUGGUGGAAGUGGAGGCUCACAUUGGAUGAGCGCCUGCAGGUUAUGCUGAGAGGCAUGGAGACGCAGCUGCUAGGGCCGUGGGCGUUUUUGCUCCUCGGACAGCCCAGUGAAAGUGAGGUGGUUGAUGCUGCUGAUGGUGGGUCCGUGGCUGGUGGUGUCUUGUCGGCAGCGGGAAGUGAGCUUGCCCGGGUUGUUGGUGCUGAGCUUGCUGCCACGGCUCACCAGGCACUGUCAGCGUUGCCUGUGGUGGAAGGGGGAGGAGGGCACAUGUGUGCGAGAGCAGCUGCAGCAGUGGAGGCACAGGGGGAGAAGAUGAGGCAGAUCGUUGACAGGGCGCUUCAAGGAGCAGUAGAGGCUUCUGCUGCUGCUGCUGCUCCUGCUGCUGCAGGUGGAGGAAAGGGAGGGGGCGCCAGUGGCGGGGCUGCUGUGAGGCGUGGCAGCAAUGGGAAUGGGGGACGAGGGUCGAAGAAGGUGGAGGUGCAGAUAAAAGAGAUGGGUGGAGGAAAGCGGAUGGUGCAGUGGCAACCGGUGCAGCUGAUUCUUGACAGCGCCAUACAGGGCAAGGUGUGUGAGGCGCCAUCAGAGGAUGAGUUCUUGAAGGCACUGGAGCAAUACAGCCUCUUUGUCUACUGCGGCCAUGGCAGCGGUGAACAGUACCUGCAUCGCUCGUAUCUCAAGAAGCUCUCUCGCUGCGCACUCUCUCUCCUCAUGGGCUGCAGCAGUGCGCGCCUCUCCCCCCGGGGGGACUACGAGCCCCUGGGUGUGCCCCUCAAUUACCUGGCUGCUGGCUGCCCUGCCAUCGUGGGUAACCUGUGGGACGUCACAGAUGGGGACAUUGAUAGGUACUCCCAGCGGAUUCUGGAGAGCUGGGUUGGGAAGGCUCGGGUGGUGGGGAGUGGGAGUGGGGUUGGGGAGAGGGAGAAGCGUGGGGGUGGUGCGUGUGAGUGUGAGAAGGUGGAGGUGUGUGAGGAAGGGGAGUGGGGAGGGGGGGGAGGGGGGAUUCGGGGGUGCACGCCCAUGGCAUGGCAGCAGGCAACAAAGCCCUGUGCCUCUGCUGUGCUGGAGAACACCACAGCAGCCACUGAUGGGUGCAUGCUCACUGCCCUUUGUGCUGCCUCCGCUGUCACAGCUGGCGCUCCGGCUGCUGCUGGCCACUCCCUCCCUCCUCCCAACUCACCGCCUUCUUCUUCCCCACUAUCUCCCCCCCUCUCUUCUCUCCAUUCCAAAUUACUGACACCAUCCUUACCACUCGUGCUGACGGUUGGAAGGAGGAGAGAUACAAAAGCGGCAAAAGCGCGAAGGAAGAGCGGGGAGAGGCGGAGGAAGGACGAAGGAGAGGCAGCAGGAGCGCGGUGGGGGAUGGAGGACCCUCGGCGCGACGCGGUGGCGGUGAUCGGCGCGCUGGUGACGCGACCCACGCUGCGGCGGCAGGCGGAGGUGAUUCGGCGGUGCUUCUCCCCGCGCGUGCGCUUCACGCACUUCCUCGUAGACGUCGCCAGUGGCGCCGCCGACCUCACGUGCAUCUACCAGAUGGCACACGUGGUUUUGCAGUACCAGGGCGUGCGAGUGCACCGCGUGCUGUACGACCCUCAGGAGGACGCACUAGCGCUCUACGUCACAGUCUUCACACGCCCGCUCUUCAAGCUCGGCUUCCCUGCCCACUUCGACCUCUGUGUGCUGCUCCAACUCGAGGAUAUUCCACUGGAGGACUAUCCCCUGCACGGCCUCACACCUCCCUUACCUCCUCACAAGGCAGGAGGAACAUCAGAACCUGCUGCUGCUACACCAUCUGCCGUUCCUCCCACACCUGCCGCCGCUGGCUCUGCCUCUGCAACGGAAGCUGGGGGGAGCAGUCAGGUUGCUGGGGAGGAGGGGCAUGGGGCAGCAUGGACAGCAGCAGCACCACUAGCAGCAGUGAGGCCGCUGAAGCGAGUGAAGUUUCAGAGAGACUUCUUCCAGCGCAACCCAGUCAUCUCUCACCUGCCGUUCAUUGGCGACCUCUACAAUGCGCAUCUGCCCCGUCUGCUAGUGGGGGAGGCACAGGCACGGCUCUUCAAGGUGCUGCGCUUCUUGUUCUCCCUGUUGCUGCCGAGAGAGGACGCCAGGGGGUUGCUGGGCAUGUGGGAUGACGAGUGA